CCUCGUUUGUGUUUGUCAUCAGUAGAACAUUUUUUGAAGGCAAAUGAUUAGAGAGGAGAACAUUGUAAAAUAAGACAAAAUGACACUCAAUAAGUGGCCAUUUCCGAAUAAGAUUGGGAAAGCAUGGCAUUUAAAGAGCUGCUUUGCAAUGUUUGCUGUUGGAAUGUGGAGUAAAUUUAUGUUAAAAAUUGCAAAUAAGUUGAAAAUUCACAAUGAAGAUACCCUAGACUUGUAUGUAUGUGGAAGAAAGGAGGAGACACCACUAAUAACUGUUUCAAAUCAUAGCUCUUGCUUGGAUGACCCAGUUCUGUGGGGUAUGUUAAAAUUAAAAACACUUAGAAAUGAGAAAUCUUUGAGGUGGUCACUUGGUGCCCAAGAACUUCUAUACACAAAUGCAAUAUACUCAUGGAUUUUUAGUCAUGGAAAGGUCAUUCCAGUUGUAAGAGGUGAUGGUGUCUACCAAAGAGGCAUGGAUUUUGCUGUUGGAAAAUUGAACAAUGGUGAUUGGGUCCAUGUUUUUCCAGAAGGCCAAGUAAACAUGACCAACAGUCUCAUUCGUCUGAAAUGGGGUAUUGGAAGACUCAUUGCAGAUUGUAAAGUCCCUCCUGUAGUCUUACCAUUUUGGCACUUGGGAAUGGAUGACCUACUACCAAACAGAAGACCUUACAUACCAAGAAUAUGUCAGAGAAUCACUGUUUUAGUUGGAGAACCAAUUGAUUAUUAUUCAGUUCUCAAUGAAUGUCAAAGGUUCAAAUAUUCAGCUGAAAAGACCAGAAAAAUUUUAACAGAUUUAAUCCAAGCAAAGUUUGCUGAGCUGAAGACAAAAGCAGAACUAUUGCAUCGCGAGAAUGCUUCGUAGCCAGUUUUCAAGUUUCUAGCAUCUUGUUUUUAUAAAUGUGUUUUGAAUUGAAGAAAGUUUCUCAAACAUGUAUAUUUCAUUAUAAUGUGUGGUUUAUAAUAGUUUGAUAUAAUGAAUAUUUUAAGAUAAUAUGUUUAAUCUUUAAUAACCAAGUCUUUUGUGUGUUAGUAUUAUCUCCUGGAAUAUAUUUAUGUCGAUUGAUCACGAGUAAGGUCCGUAAACAGGUCACAACUUAUUGGUGUGGCAGUGGAAUUAGGCCUGAUAUUUUCGGAAAGGCGAGAACAACCGAUAAAGUGUGUUUUGAGAAUAAAGACAUCUUCAUUAUCAAGAUUUACUGGCUAUCUAGCUUAACAUAAUUAUACAGGUGAUGAUAAAAUUCUGCUAUACUUGCUCUGUGAGAGGGAAAUAAAAUUGCCAGCAAUUCAGUAGCAAGCAAUUCGUUUUACGAACGCUGAAAUAGUAAUACGAAAUAGGGAUAACACCAUUGGAGAAAUGCUGAAGGGGCAAAUACCAUCAGAGCUUUGCGAGACAAUUGUAACGGACCACGCCUUUCAGAACGGCUUAAAAUGCGACCAUAUUCUCUAAAAACAUGGACAGAAGGCGAAUAACCAGGCUUGAAACUGACAGAAAUUACAUGGGUUAGUCAAUUUUUCUACCUUUCCAUUUUUAAAGGAUAAAUCAUCUUCCAAUUUCUACCUGUUACAUGAGUAGAAAAAUCUUAAAAAUAAAGAAUUUGAAGUAGUAAAAUUUUGCCAGCAUUUAAUUGAGUUUUCAGUUAUCAAUAGGAAUAUUGAGGUCACACAUGAAUGCAAUGUCAAAAAGUAAUAUCGGUUUAAUCAAAGAUUUGAUCCUGGCAGAAAUUAGCCAUGAUAUUUUAGAAUUACCCAGAGAGAAGAUAAGAGGGCGGAGCCUCCCUUCGGAAAGUAGAAAGGGCUGAGAAUCAAGAUCCAAGGCACAUAUCUCAAGCCUCAGAAAGCUAAUAAGUAUCAACAGGUUAUUUGUUACCAAAGAUUCUAAAACUAGCUAUAUACAGACGGGGCAAGCUGUGGUCAAAUUUUCGUUUGGGGGACACAGUCCCCCCCCCCCUGUGCCCCUUGCAGCUACGAUGCUGCUCCUUUGUCAUAAAUUGUUUAAAAUUGAAAACAGGCCUACACUGUUACUUCGUUAGUUUAUUUUUUACUUAAUGGCUUACUUUCAUAUUAGCGUAAUAAAACAAGAUUGUUUUCUAUUUGUUUUCUUAUACAGGUUUCUUCUUAAAUCUUCCUGUAUUUUUUAUUCGUUUAAUGCUUGAAGUUCUUCUGUCUUCUCGUUUUGUUAAUCAUGCAUUGAUGUGAUUUAUUGCUUUUCUAUUGUUGGAUAUUGUUAGAUUUUGGUAUUGAAAGUGAGCUGGAGGCCCUCUUGGUCUACUUUUUAGACUGAAAUAAACAGGGUGAAUGAGACGAUACACUUUCUUUUUUAUAAAAACAAAUUUGUAAGAACACGAUCCUCAAAAUUGAUCAAAAUUAAGAAAAAAUAAAAAACAAGCCGAGGCUGGGCUAUUGCAAAAUGUUUCACCUCAAGAACGAGAAUUUUGCCAUCCAGUAUGGGCUCCGAUGCAGGCUGAAAAGUGGGGGCCAAAGGAAAAUUUAGCAAUCAUAAUAAAGGAUUCUGAAAAAAGCUCUAUUGUCUUCCAAAAAGUGGAGGCAUCCCCCCCGUCGUGGCCCUUCUUUAGUGGAGCUUUUCGGUGAAUUUUCUAACUUGUCGGCAAAUAAAGGGUGUCUCAUUUUGUUGUUUUUAGAAAAAAUUUACGGGUGGAGAGGGGUAUGUUUAUUCGUGAGGGGGGGGGGUACGUUUAUUCCGCACUGGAGAAUAAACACCUGUGUACCUCUAGGAGGAGACAAAAGAGCACGCGGAGAAUGGAUGCGAGAUCACUUUGAAACUAGACGAUUGCGGAAGUAAGGAGACAGCAUAACAUAAGUGCAGAUGGUCACAAAAAUGUUAGGAAAAUGCUUAACCAGAAUCUUUCAUUCACGCUGUUGAUAGUCUUCUUUUAUUGCUUAAAUCCUUCUAGCAGUUAUGGACUUUCAGGUUGCAGAUCAGGCGUAGUAUUUGUACAAUGUGAUUGGGAACCAUGUAACCGUUCCUGGCCUACGAGCGAUCAGCUUUCAAAACAACCCGUCUUGCAACUGUUCAGUAAUGGACGCCUCCUUAAUACGUCAAGGGUUUAUAAAUCAAAGCAAUUUACCGUAGACUUGCAAUACCUCCCAACAGUUAGACUGGUUCAAUUCACCUGUGUUUGGAGGAACACAAGCACAGAACUAUGUCAUCGAAAUGUCACUGUUGACCUGGCCACCAUUAAUGUCCCUCAGCCUCAGAAUGUCUCCUUUGCAUUUUAUGGUAACAAGAGUUCCAUAUAUAAACUCAUCAGACUGCAAUUCCAGACACCAACGUCUCCUGGCGACAAAACUAAAUAUACUGUAUCAGUUUUUGCGAUGCAUGUCUAUGCCAAAUAUUGCCCUGUUAAAACCAAGGAUGCUGUAGUUUUUGACACCAGGCCAUGCCAAACUAGGAAAGGAGAAGUUGUUUGUUUAAAUCUCCUUAAAUGGUUUCAUCAUUUCCCAAGGAUUUACAGAGCAGAUGUUUCAAGUGCAAAUGCAUUUGGGAUCUGCACAAAGGAGCUGCUUUGCCAAAGGGAAAGUUUUUCUGAUAUUUAUGGCAAUUUGAUGAAUGUCAAUGUCACCAAUAAGGUCAGCAAGCAGUUUCCCUCAAUUAAUGUUUCUUGGGAGUAUCCGCCAGGCCUUGAUUAUGCUGCAAUCAAUGUUAUUAUCUCUGUGAGAUACUGUAAAUUGGAAAGCAAGUGUUACUUCUUAAAUGAAUCAAGAAGUUUCCCCCGCGAGAAAAUGAAAGCAUUUGCAAUUAUCACCAGAGAUCUCGAAUUUGACACAGUUUAUGAAGUGCAACUCUGCUAUAUCAUAAAGUCUCUUUUUGUAAAUAUUUCUCCUUGGACUAAGACAGUGAAAAUUCGCACACUAGAUAGGCUCCCAGGCAAACCAAAAAUAACACAAUGCUUAAAGACAAAAAGGAAUUUCUUAAUUGAAUGGAAAGAUUAUUCUAAUCACAGCAUUCCAUUAACUUAUCAUAUAAAAAUUGAAGCUUCAGAUCAAAGUUAUAGAGUUGUGAAUUUUCCUGCAUCAACAUGUCAUUAUGGGCUUUGUAAAUUUUCAUUGAAAAGAAGCUCAGACAGUCAUACAAGGAGCCUCAGAUUCAGCGUGUCUGGUUGCUCAAAUAGUGGCUGCAACUUUGUAGAUGUUUCACACUGCACCUUCAAGAGUUCAGCUGCAAACAGUCCAUUAUAUGUGGAAGAAAGUGUUCAAACAAAGUCAGUAAAAAUUGUUGUCAGUUCUUUCGGAGGACUAAUGCUUUUUGCUUUGUUUGCCAUUGCUGCUCAUAAGUGGAGGAGGCAAAGGCAACAGGAUUACAGGGUGCCAGUCAUCUUUCCAAGAAGUUAUAGUGAUUGCAGCAACUCAGAUGACUGUCCUGUCAGUCAUGAGCCUUAUAUUGUUUUACAGUAAUGUAAAAAGAUUUUGUAAAGAUCUAAUAGAUUCCAACAAACUGAAGGUUGGGAGCCAAAAGAAUAUUCAGACUCUAUUGAAGUUGGUCUGCACACAACAAAGUUAAUUACUUGGCAAUAUUAAGGCUGGCCCAUGUACCAGGUGGUAAUACCCAAUAUUUACUACCAUGUAAACUAGGUAUAACCAAAAUUCCAUUUUACAUUAUUAUAAUAAUGGAUGUCAUGCCAAUUUUUUCUGUCAAAAUUUGGUACUACCAAAGAGGUACUACCAAAUUUUGGUAGUACCAAAUACUAGACCGAAUGUUCACUCUCUGUGCUUUGACCAUGAUUGUUAAUAGCCCCAAAAGUGUUUGCAAAUUAGUGAGACAAAUUUAAUCCAAGAGUAAAGAAACUAUUGACCUUCAGAAAACUCUGUUAUCCACUUAUUUGUCCACUCAUAUUUAUUGUAAGGAAUAAGUGACUGUUUCAGAUUUCAAUAAAAUAAUAUUUUAGUUCUAUUAUUUUAUCCUCCUGAUUUCAAAGACAUUAUUUGGCAGAUGCUGAACUCAACGUGUCAA